AUGACGCUCGCCAGCAUCCUCACCGUGGCGGGCAUCCUCCUGUUCUUCGUCUUCUUCGCGUUCGGCACCAUCGCCCUCCAGUGCUGCAUUAACGCCUGGGACAGGGAAAGCCGCCGCCGCCGGCGGCGCCGUGGUCCGCGGGCGACGGCCGGUGGCAGCAGCGGUGGUGGGGUGCGGACCAGCAGGGGCGUCGACCCGGAGCUGCUGCGCUCGCUGCCUGUCACGGUGUACAGCCACGGUUCGGACAAGGGGCGGCACCAGCAGGACGCGGUGGAGUGCGCCGUGUGCCUCGCCGAGCUCCAGGACGGCGAGGCGGCCCGGUUCCUGCCCCGCUGCGGGCACGGCUUCCACGCCGAGUGCGUCGACAUGUGGCUCGCGUCCCACGCCACCUGCCCGCUCUGCCGGCUCACCGUCUCCAAGCCCGACGACGUAUCUGUAUCUCCUCAUCCGGUGUCUUCCUUGGCUCUUCCACCCGUACCGCCGGAGCCCGCCAACUACGCCACCGCCAACCUGCCCGCCAGCGUGCUUCUCGGCGUGUCUGAGCAUGGUGCGGUCACCGCUGGCUCUGGCACUGGCUCCACGGCCGCCAUGGCUAUCGAGAUCCCAGAGUUGGCCGUGCCGACGCCGACGCUCACCCCGCGCGACCCUGCCAAGUCACCGGGAUCGGCGAGGCUCAGAUCGAUCACGAGGCUGUGGAGCUUCGGAAGGCAAGGGGCGGGGGCGACUUCUUCGGGCUCCUGUGCCGGUGCGGGUGGUAGCGAAGGAGUCGACUUGGAACAGGGUAUCAGCUAG